CCGGCGGCCGUGCGGUGCUCGGCUCGGCAGGCGGCAAGGAUGCUGCGCGCCGCGCUGCCUCUUCUCGGGCUGCCCCUGGCCGGGGCAGAAGCCACCGAGCAGCAACCCCAGGAGCCGGGGUCGCCUGGAGAGCCUCCCCCCGGCUUGGCGCUCUUCCGCUGGCAGUGGCACGAAGUGGAGGCGCCCUACCUGGUAGCCCUGUGGAUCCUGGUGGCCAGCCUGGCCAAAAUCGUGUUCCACUUAUCUCGGAAGGUGACAUCUCUGGUCCCUGAGAGCUGCCUGCUGAUUUUGCUGGGCCUGGUGCUGGGGGGCAUCGUCUUGGCUGUGGCAAAGAAAGCUGAGUAUCAGCUGGAACCGGGCACCUUCUUCCUUUUCCUGCUGCCUCCCAUUGUGUUGGACUCAGGCUAUUUCAUGCCUAGCCGACUGUUUUUUGACAACUUGGGUGCCAUCCUGACCUAUGCCGUGGUAGGCACACUCUGGAAUGCCUUCACAACUGGCGUCGCCCUCUGGGGCCUGCAGCAGGCUGGAUUUGUGGCCCCCAGAGUGCAGGCGGGCUUGCUGGACUUCUUGCUCUUCGGGAGUCUAAUCUCUGCCGUGGACCCAGUCGCCGUGUUGGCUGUCUUUGAGGAGGUACAUGUCAAUGAGACGCUCUUCAUCAUUGUCUUCGGCGAGUCUCUGCUCAACGAUGCAGUCACCGUGGUGCUAUACAAGGUCUGCAACUCAUUUGUGGAGAUGGGCUCUUCCAACGUGCAAGCCAUGGACUACCUAAAAGGAGUCGCCUCCCUGUUUGUGGUCAGUCUGGGCGGGGCAGCUGUGGGCUUAGUCUUUGCCUUCCUCCUGGCUCUGACCACACGCUUCACCAAGCGGGUCCGCAUCAUCGAGCCGCUGCUGGUCUUCCUCCUCGCCUACGCAGCCUACCUCACUGCUGAGAUGGCCUCGCUCUCCGCCAUUCUUGCGGUGACUAUGUGUGGCCUGGGCUGUAAGAAGUAUGUGGAGGCCAACAUCUCCCACAAGUCCCGCACAGCUGUCAAAUACACCAUGAAGACACUGGCAAGCUGUGCCGAGACCGUCAUCUUUAUGCUGCUCGGCAUCUCGGCUGUGGACUCUUCCAAGUGGGCCUGGGACUCUGGGCUGGUGCUAGGCACCCUCUUCUUCAUCCUGUUCUUCCGAGCCCUCGGCGUAGUCCUGCAGACGUGGGUGCUGAACCAGUUCCGGCUGGUCCCUCUGGACAAGAUUGACCAGGUGGUGAUGUCUUAUGGGGGCCUGAGGGGGGCUGUGGCCUUCGCGCUCGUCAUCCUACUGGAUCAGACCAAGGUCCCUGCCAAGGACUACUUUGUGGCCACCACCAUCGUCGUGGUCUUCUUCACAGUCAUUGUGCAGGGCUUGACCAUCAAACCUCUGGUCAAGUGGCUGAAGGUGAAGAGGAGUGAUCACCACAAACCCACCCUGAACCAGGAGCUGCAUGAGCACACCUUUGACCACAUUCUGGCUGCAGUGGAGGACGUUGUGGGGCACCAUGGCUACCACUACUGGAGGGACAGGUGGGAGCAGUUUGAUAAGAAGUACUUGAGUCAACUGCUGAUGCGACGGUCAGCCUAUCGCAUCCGGGACCAAAUCUGGGACGUGUACUACAGGCUCAACAUUCGGGAUGCCAUCAGCUUCGUGGACCAGGGAGGACAUGUCUUGUCCUCCACAGGCCUCACUCUGCCUACUAUGCCUUGCCGCAAUUCCAUAGCCGAGACCUCUGUCACCAACCUGCUGAGGGAGAGCGGCAGCGGAGCAUGUCUGGAUCUGCAAGUGAUAGACACUGUCCGCAGUGGCCGCGACCGCGAGGAUGCUGUCAUGCAUCAUCUGCUCUGUGGAGGCCUCUACAAACCUCGACGCAGGUACAAAGCCAGCUGCAGCCGCCACUUCAUCUUGGAGGAUGCGCAGGAGCGGCAGGAUAAGGAGGUCUUCGAGCAGAACAUGAAGCGGCGGCUGGAGUCCUUUAAGUCCACCAAGCACAGUAUCUGCUUUGCCAAGAAUAAGCCGCGCGCCCGCAAAACUGGCCGCAAGAAGAAGGAUGGUGUGACCAGCACUGAGACUACAAAUGGGAAAACGCCCCGAGAUCUGGGUCUGCAUAACACAGGUGCUGUGAUCCUGACUGUGGAGUCUGAGGAAGAUGAGGACAGCGACAGUUCAGAGACAGAGAAGGAGGACGAUGAGGGAAUCAUCUUUGUGGCUCGGGCCACCAGCGAGGUCCUGCAAGAGGGCAAGGCCUCAGGGAGCCUUGAGGUGUGCCCGAGCCCACGGGUCAUCCCACCCUCUCCAACCUGUGCUGAGAAGGAGCUGCCCUGGAAGAGUGGACAGGAGGACCUGGCGGUCUAUGUGUCCUCAGAGACCACCAAGAUCGUGCCUGUGGACAUGCAGACUGGCUGGAACCAGAGCAUCUCGUCCCUGGAGAGCCUGGCAUCCCCGCCCUGUACCCAGGCCUCGACUCUCACCCGCCUGCCUCCCUGCCCCCUAGCUGCUGAGGAGCCCCAGGUCUCACCCGACCCGCCUGCCCACCCUGCACCCAGCUUUGCCUUUCCCCCAAGCCUGGCCAAGGCCGGCCGCUCUCGCAGCGAGAGCAGUGCUGACCUCCCCCAGCAGCCAGAGCUGCAGCCCCUCAUGGGACAUGAGCACCACAGGCACCUCAGCCCUGGUGCUGCCAACUCCCACUGGUGCAUCCGCUUCAACAGAGGUGGUAGGCUGUAGCCUAGGUCGGGAAGAGUGCAGUGCUUCCCAGCUACCAGGACUCACGUGAGCACUGGAAAGGUCCUCCUAGGGCUGUGAUGGCGAACCUAUGGCACGUGUGCCAGCGGUGGCACGCGGAUGGCACAUGAAGGCCUUGCAGCUGGCACGCGGAAAGGCCCGAAUUAAGAUAUUCGGCGCUUGCCACAUAGUUUUUAGAUACUAAAAUCUUGUUAUUAAGGUUUAAUUGACGUGCUGGCACUUUUGAGGAAAUUCUUUGGUUUUGUGCGGCAGUUUGGGCACUCGGGCUCAAAAGGUUAGCCAUCACUGUCCUAGGGCCUUUAAUUUUUCACCUUCCCUCCUAUCCCUCGGCUGCAUGGAGUUGGGGAACUGAGGCACUUUCCCCAGUGAGCCCUCCUAGCAUCACUUUAGGCAGCUGUUCCUGGCCCCAAAGCAAGGGUCUCAUUCCUCUGGGUUUCCCUGGCCCACCCCCAGCUCAAGGACAAGCUGGGUAUUGAGGCCUCAUGAGUGCUGGUCUCCAGAGGGAUGGAGGCGGGAAACCAAGGAAGCUUCAUGUGUGCUUUGCAACCAGCUGCCUGGGCUCCCCACAGCCACUUUCUAGGGUAGUGGGAAUGUCUCCACUUCUUGUUGUCCUUUCCUGAGCUGCUAGUUUUGGGGGGUAAUUCCUCCUUUUCUAGGACCAACACCACAAAGCUGGACCCAGUUUCAGUGCCAGAGUCACUCCAGGGAACUGCUCAGUGUUCAUAUCUGGGUCUGAUUUGGGGAGAAGGGAGAGACAGUGAUCUCUGGGUUCCUCAUUGCUGCCUGGAGAGUCCCCAGGCUGAAAAAGAAGUGAGGGCUAGAUGCUCAACUGGGGACAGAACACUUGUCUGGGUGAAAACACUUGUCUCUGUUUUGUACCUUGAAUCUAAGAUUCAGUAAACAUCCCUUGGAUGGAA